GAUCUGCUCAAGCACUACGAGGAGUAUGGAGUCAUCAUCUGCAAACCGUGCAGCUUCGCCAUCCAGCCCAGCGCAUUGGCGAGCCACCUGCUCAAGCACCAGAUCUAUCGCAGCGAGAGACGUAAACUGAUCUCUCAGCUGGUCCACCUGAAGCUCACCGAUCCUGCCGACGUCGUGGAUCCCGCUCCCAUGUCCAACCCGGUGCCUGAGCUCCAGAUCUACAAAGGCCUCCGGUGCUUGCAUAAGGGAUGUCAGCACAUUUGCGCAAGUGAGAAGCGCAUGUCUCAGCACUGGUCCGAAGUUCAUGGCGAGCGAGAAUCAAAGAAUGUCAUCACUCGACCCGCUUGGCUCCAGACCUUCUUUCGCGGCAACAAGAUACGAUACUUCGAAGUCUCAGGGCCUGUCAAUGGCCCUGUGAGCAUUACGAGCAGUCCUGCAAGCAAUGAUUCCCCAGCAACCCCGCGGACCAAUAUCGACUCCACCUCCUCGCCCGUAGAGCCGCCUCUGACACUGGACAUGGACUCAUUGCGAUAUUUGUUGUACUACAAAGAGCAUACAGCCCUUAGUUUGCCGAGAAAUGAUCGUGAAUCGACCUGGUUCUGGACGGCUGGCAUCCCCCAAGAAGCGUUGAAACAUCCAUUUCUCAUGUCAGGGCUGCUUGGCCUGGCUGCUUUCCACAUGGCUAGAGUCACUCCCGAUCCUGCUCAGUCGGCUUAUCAUCAUGCCGCUUCUGUUCGCUAUCAGGCAGCUAGUUUGACGGACUUUCGAGAACUGACGCGACGUCCUGAUGUCUCCAAUGCCGUGGCUCUGAUUGCAUACUCACGUCUGAUCGCCAUUCAGCGCUGUACCCGAGACAUAGACGAUGCCUACAAAGUGAAUUGGAUUACCGAAUUCAUGUAUCUCAUCCGAGGUAGCGUGGAACAAUUGAUCUCACUACAAGCUUUCCUUCCACACGACUGCGAGUUCAAGUUAUCUUUGCAACAGCUAGAAGGCAUCGCGAGAUUGGACGAUGAAGCAGCUCGCAGCAAAGACGCGGAGAACGUGGCGAAAAUUCCUUCUCUCAUGCUGGACCGACUCGACCAGCUACCACAGCGGUUAGGACAAGUCCUAGGCAAACCAGAUCCAGCCAACAUGAAGGAUGUCCAGGCUUCUUUCGAGGCGUGCACGGCACUGAUUGCAGCUUAUGCUCGGGCCUACUCGGCAAAGGCGCCCCCGGUGUCCGCUCAUCCCCCGCUCGAGCCGCGCGGCGACAUGGUAGCAGCCAUCUGGAACGGAUUCGAGUCGUGGACGCGAACUGUGAGUGACCACUAUAUACACCUCCUGGAAAUCAACGAUGGUCCGGCACUCAUUAUCCUGGCUCACUUCUGCGUGCUGGUCAAGCGCUUCGAAGAGCGGUACUGGUAUGUCCAAGGGAUGCCUGGACGUAUGAUUGAACUCAUCGAAAAUAAGCUGGAUGAUCACUUGAAGCCAUUCGUAAAUGAUUUA